AUGCCUGGAAAACGAAAAAGAGAUGAAGAAGAUGUCGAAAUGACCUCUGGAGAUGUAAAAGAGCAUUCUCACGGAUCAACAGUUUUCAUCUCAAAUUUACCAUACACUGCAACCUCCACAGACUUGAAAACGCAUUUUUCAGACAUUGCGCCCAUCAAGAAUGCAUUCGUCGUCCUCGAAAAGGAGACAAAAGUCUCUAAAGGCGUCGGAUAUGUCACAUUUUCAUUGCGCGAAGAUGCAGAACAGUGCGUGGAAAAGGGUUCAGUCGAGAUGAAUGGGAGAAUGCUGCGUGUUAGUUGGGCAGCGGCCAAGGGUGAGCAGGGUGAAAACGCACAGCCCAAAGGUCAAAGACCCUCAAAAGUAGUCCGUUCCCCAGUAAAGGACAAGGCUCAUGAUGCCACCGCCGUGCGCACCAUUAUCAUCACCGGCCUACCCACCGGCAUUGAUUCAAAAGUACUUUGGAAGAAAGUACGAAAACAAGAAGGCGCAGAGACGCUCGAGUUCCCGUUCAAGAACGUGGAUGGAUCCGAGGACCCGACAAAGGCAAAUGUCGUCUUCACCUCUCCCACACAAGCACUCCACGCCGUCGAAAAGUUGAAUGCGCACGUCUACAAAGGUUCGCUUCUUGGUGUCACGUUGAAAAAGAGAUUGGAGAAGAAGCCGAAUCGGUCUAGUCGACUCAUCGUCCGAAACUUGCCUUGGGAUACCACAGACUCGGAUCUCCGAGCGCUCUUUCUCCCUCAUGGUGCCGUAUAUUCCAUCGAGAUACCGACGGACAAGGUGGACGGACAACAUGAAGGCAGAAAGCCGAAAGCAAAAGGAUUUGCAUUUGUAUGGAUGCUGUCCCGAGCGGAUGCGGAGAAAGCUAUCGAAGGGGUCAAUGGAAAGUCACUCAAGGAAAGGCCUCUGGCUGUCGACUGGGCGCUCAGCAAAGCUAAAUGGGAAGAUGUCAAGGAGAAGAUGGAGGUCGAUGCGGAACCUGGGCAUGAAGAGGAAGAAAGUGACGAGGACUCCAACUCUGCGCUGGGAGUUCACUCGGAUGGGGACGUAUCCAUGCACUCGGCUCAUGAGGACGAGGAAGAGGAGGCGCCAACAAAGCCCGAGCUACCAGCACCAGAAGCAGGGACGACUCUCUUUAUUCGCAAUGUACCCUGGGAAGCUACAGAGGAUGAAAUGCGUCAGCUUCUCAGAGGAUUUGGACCAUUGAGAUAUGUUCGCAUUGUUAUUGACCAAGAAUCUGGUCGCUCAAAAGGCACGGCUUUUGCGUGCUAUUGGAACAAGGAAGACGCCGACAAGGUCAUUACUGCAUCAGAGACACUCAACAAAGAAUCAGGCGUGAAUGCAUCACCAAUAAAAAAUCCGUUCAGUGCUCCAUCACUACUCACUCCGGAUCCUUCAUCAUCACUCGCACGGAAUCUUGUCGUUCAUGGACUUGCGCGAUGCAGGCGUCAAGAUGAGGGAAAAGCCGACAAGCGAAAUCUUUAUCUCAUGCGAGAAGGAGUCAUCUUCCCCAACUCGCCAGCUGCGUCGACUAUAACACCAACCGAACUUGAAAAGCGCGUCAACGCCUUUAAUCAGAGGCGUACACUCCUCAGAACAAACCCAUCCCUCUACGUCUCCAAAACACGCUUGAGUAUUCGGCAACUUCCAACUUUUGUCUCCGAACGCUCACUCAAGCGACUUGCACACCACUCAAUUCGCGAAUUUGACAACGAGGUAAAGAAUGGCGACAGGGAUGGUCUUGCGGAAGAUGAGAUAGACGAUGGUCAACGAACGAUCACCGACGAGCUCAUGGGGGAUAAAGUCGCGUUGCCCGAGAAACCCACAAAAGACAAACCUGCAAAAAAAGGCGGUAAACGAGGGAGUGGGAGUGUCAAGCAAGCCAAGAUUGUUCGUAUCUCUGAGAGAGUUGAUCCGUUUACCGGCAAGGGUCGUAGCAAAGGGUACGGCUUUAUCGAGAUGGAACGACACUCCGACGCGCUCAAAGUCUUGCGAUGGGCGAAUAACAAUCCAGAUGUUGGACCCCUACUCAAGUCGUGGUGGGCGGAGGAACUCAAGGAUUUGUUCGAUACGUUGGAGAAAAAGGGUGACAAGCGCACUGAAGAGGAAAAGGCGAGGUACAAAAGGUUGAAAGAUGCCCUGGAAGAGAUCAAGAUGGGUGUGACGAAGGCGUCAACAAGGACUCUGGUAGUCGAGUUUUCAAUUGAGAACAUGGUCAUUGUGAAGAAGAGAGAAGAGCGGGGGACACCUCGGCAGGUAAAAGGCGAAGACGCGGCAGACGAACAAACAUCAAAACGUUCAAGCCAUCCGAAAGGGCGGGACAAGAAGAAGACAGUCAAAAUGGAAGAGGAUCACGCAUCAGAGACGACUCGGUCGGCCAAGCGCAGGAAGAAAGAAGCGUCCGAGGAACAGUCUCCGGAACCGAAAUCAAAGUCGGUUAAUCCUCUGGGCAGCAUGAUAGGUCGAAAGCGGCGACUCAAGAAAGCGCGUGGAGGAAAAGCGUAA